GUGGAAGGAUACAGUGGUGCCGUUACAGAUCAACGGUCUGCAUCUCACUAGUGUAGGAGAGAGAAUCACGAUCUACCAACCUACUGACACUUGUCAUGGCCCCCAUUAACGGCAGAGAGAGAGAGAUGUUGGUUUUGUCCGAUUGCUUCAAAAUCUAAACACCAGGUCUCAUUCUUUUCCUCGUUAGCUCGUUCUGUGUUGGGAUGAUUACCAUCAGUUUUCCUCUGACUCUCUGGAGUUUUCUCGACGGUGGCUUGUGUCAGCCUUGUUGUUAGUUAUGUGAAAUUUCUUAUUAGAAUAGAAGAGAAAAUCGAAACCUGCCUUUACCCUUCUUGGAAGGGCAAAACAACACGUGAAUAACUGAAUCUCGCGAAUUAUGAAUUCAAGAAGAGAGUUCCGUAGCAAUAGGUCUUCUCUCUUUGAUGAAAUUGAGGAGGGAGGUAUUAGGGGUUCCUCAUCCUACUCCCAUGAAAUCGAUGAGCAUGACAAUGAUAGGGCUCUUGAUGGAUUGCAAGACAGAGUCAGUCUAUUGAAGAGAUUAACUGGAGACAUACAUGAGGAGGUUGAAAGUCAUAACCGUGUAUUGGACAAGAUGGGAAAUAAAAUGGAUGUAUCAAGGGGACUCCUGUCUGGAACUGUGGAUAGGUUCAAAAUAGUCUUUGAGACCAAAUCGAGCCGAAGAAUGUUCACACUUGUGGUGUCAUUUGUUGUCAUCUUCCUAAUCAUAUAUUACCUGACUAGGUGACCAAUCUGUCUGUGAAGUUAAAUAGGAUGAACUGGAAAUACUGUUCAACCCUUCUACAUCUAAUAUCCUCCUAGGGAGGAAUGUGAUACAAACAAUACUAGUACCCCAUACCCCUCAUUAUAAGAUAUUUUCACAUAUGAAUCUAGAGUAAAUAUGUAUCAAUGCAUUUAAACCUCUAUGGUUGGGUGGUGGAUGAAUUUUAUUUCUCAUUUCAUAAAACAUCAUGUUCAACUCAAGCAACUUUGUACAACUUUUCUCUACAUUAUAAUAUUUGUUUUGCUA